UAAGGACAGACAUACAUGAUGCCGUUGGCUUUCUUCUGCUGAUUGGAUAUCGUUGAUUGCGGAAGGGACCUAUCAGAGGCAAGGUGACACAAGGAUGUCCUCGCUACGAAAGACGAUGACGCCCAGCUUGCUGGCUGCAGCGCUGACGCUACUGAUGUUCGCGCUUUCGGCUUUCGGCGUGAGCUUCAGGGUGCACGACGGCAAGCUGUCCGUCUCGUCCAUCGACGGUUCAUCACGCAUAUCCAAGACAUUCUCGUCGUCAUCUCCAAUCGACGUCGCGCAACCGCUAACGCUCGAUGCCGAUGAGAUCCUCCGCGUGGUAUUCAAAGUCAAAGAUCCCUCGCAGAGCGUAGAGGAGAAGCAACGACCGCCGCACCAGGUCUUCAUGGUCCUCUCUGAUUUGGACAACCCUGCCGUACAAGACACUACGGUGCUGCCGGUCAAGAAGAAUACCGGCAAGGCUACCUACAGCUUGCGAAUGGACCGUCUGCCUGCGGACAUUCUGAGCUCGUCCGGGAAGCUCGCCCUGAUGCUGCUGGUAGGAAGCUUUGGCGAGUCGACCGAGCCGCUCGCGUACCCGAUUACGGAGCUAGCGCUCCCAGCUGUCCUGCGUCGCAGCCCAGACGAAUUGCCAUCAGCACGACGUACACAGGAGAAGGAGCAGGGAUUCCAUGGAUGGGAGGAGAGGUGGCACACGUUCGGAGUUCCAGCGAGCGAGACCAUGCCGCCCCGCAUUGUCAGCUUGGCAGUUGCCAUCGGUACAGUCGCUGCACCAUGGCUUGUCCUGCUUAUGCUGCUCCGCUCAUUACCAUUGCAAAUCUCCUCGCUGACAGCCAAGCGUGCGCCCCUGCUCAUCUCACUCAUCUACCUCGAGCUACUCGCUGCCAGGUACUGGCUCGGUGGGCCUUCGAUGACGCUCUUUAAGAUGAUCCCAUGGCUUCUCGUCGGCGGUGUGGCGACGCUGCUCACAGGACGGCAUGCGCUUGGCGACCUGCGGAAAGAGCGCUUGCAGUAGUCGAUUGUAAAUGUGUAGGAAAUUCGAACAAUUGCAACGUUGAUACAGU